AUGAAAGAAGUCGAAUCGCUGCGCUUGACGAUGAAAGAAAACAUCGUAGACGCGACUUCCAAAGCGGCGGCGGCACUGAAGCGUAGAUCUGUCAGUUUGGUUCACUGGGAUGCCUAUCAAGCGAUCCAUCGGACCAACGGUGCAGUUCACAUAUCGGGUUUUGUGGAGAUCGGUGGUCGCCAAUGUCCUGAAAAGAUAAGGCACGAGAAGGAGAAGAAGAAGAAGAAGAAGAAGAAGAAGAAGAAGAAGAAGAAGAAGAAGAAAAAGAAGAAGAGGAUUGAAGAAGAAGGAGAAGAAGAAGAAGGAGAAGAAGAAGAGGAUUGA